AUGUUUCUUUUUAAGCUAACGAAAGAGGGUACCAUACAUACCGCCUCGUCCUUGAAUAAACCCUUUUUGUGUAAUUUUAAAACGAGCAAAAAUGUCAACGUCGGUAAAUUGAUAAAAAGCAAAAAAAUAAAAAGCCAUGAAUUAAACAAAAUAGAAGAUGUGGAACUUCUCUUACAAGAGAGACACCACGACGUUUUUCAGAGUUAUCCAACAAUUAAAAAUGUGCACAAAAUUGUUGACGUGAAGAACAUUCCUGUUUUUAACAAAAAUGAAAAUCCGGACAAUAUGUUGAGCAAAGUGGCUCUUCACUUUGGAGACUUGUCAUACCUGCGAGGCGACGCAGCCGUGAACGGAACAAACCACAUUUUCGAAUUGACGAAGGAAGGAAACGGGUAUGACUGUUCAGGUAAUUUUUUAAAAACAUGUGGAGACGCACUCUUCACCGAAAUGGAAACUGCUCGAGAGGAACAUAAAGGAAAAGACAUACUAAUAACAAAAGGGCAUAACAGUGCAUACAAAUGCAUUAUACAUGUGGUCGAACCGUACUAUAACGAAACGGCAAAGUUAAAAAAGUGUUAUGAGGACAUCCUAUUAACAGCAAAAAUGAAUAACCUUAAGACGAUUGUUUUUCCCCUGCUUGGCAGCGGUAUUAGCCUGUUUAAAAGACAUGACGUUGUCGUGUGUUGUUUGGAAGGAAUUUACGAAUUUUUGAAGGAGAAGAGAAAUAUGAAUUCAAUUGACAAAGUUGUUCUAUGCACAAUAACAGACGCGCAUUGGAUGUUACUGAGAGAUUCCAUACCGCUAUACUUAAACGUUACAGUAAAGUGA